CCAAAGUGUUCGACAAUGCUCACGUCAAUUAAUCAAGGAUCUGGAAGAGCGUCAUGGUUUUAUUUACGAGCGGGUCUUAGCGCUCACUGAUAUCGCCAACAAUGAUUCCACUCGAUUUCCUGUUCGCUGCUUCUAUGAGACAGGGAAAACGAAGAUUGCGAAAAGGAUUUUUCGAAGGCGGAUUCCAGAUAGGUGGUUACGCGGUUCUAUACUCGUUACCCAGUCUUCAGCCUGUCUCCAUGGCUCUUGUCCCCUUGGUCUUGGAAGAACUCAUGUAAUGAUGAAUAAAUUCGAGGGAAACAACUGCCCUGAUUUCAUACAGGUCAGAGACGCCAUACAGUUUCUCCUGAAGGAAGGACCAAACACCUUAAAGCGCCGAGAGAAAAGUGAAAUUACUCAAGGACCAAUCGAGUCGGAUAUGCAGGCCGCUAUUGAGGAGCAGCGAGCCCGACUCCUAAACAGUCUCCGAUUCCCGAGCAUGAAUGAGAGGAAGAAUGAUUCAGUCGAUUCGCACGAAGGAACCCUCCGGUGGAUCUUCCGUACACAUCAUACCACAGAAGAAAAUUAUCCGGCUAAAUAUGAUAAUAAUACUUCGGAGGGAUUCUCUAAAGAGAUUUCGGAGGAUGAGUCUAAUGCCCUUGAAGACAGAUCGUGGUAUGAUUUUGAGGACUGGCUCAAGUCUGACAAUACCAUUUACUGGAUCAGCGGCAAGCUUCGAUCCGGGAAAACUACAUUGGUAAAGUACCUCAUAGAGAACCGCCUCACGAAGGAAGCAUUAGCCAUCUGGGCCAAGGAUCCUGUGAUAUUAUCUCACUUCUUCUGGAAAGCCGGACCCGAAAAAUUACAGAGGAAUAUCAAGGGGUGUUCAUGUUCCAUCCUUCACCAAACCGUUCAGUCCGAAACCAUUCCUUUAGACCUGAUACUAACCACGUACAAGCCGUUAUCGACCAAGGAAUCGGUCACUGAUUUGUCAUUUAAAGAGCUCAAAGAUGUCUGCUUCGCAUUCUUACGUAACUAUCCAUAUUCAAUUUGCAUAUUCCUCGACGGUCUUGAUGAAAUAUGCCUCGAAGAUCGCUCUUCUCUUAUGGAACUCAUAGAGGCCCUUGGGACAUUUCCAAAUAUCAAAAUCUGCGUUGCUAGCAAUGGCUAUUACAACAGAGCUAUGUACAGACCUCCCUUUUUAGUAAUUGUAGCUCAUACCUCAUUUAAAAAAAAUUCGUCCUAUCAGGUAUAGCUAAUAGUCCAAACCCGUCAUCAUUGGCCACGGACGUUUUACGAUACAUAUGUAAAUCUCCAAUCAACAGCAGCUUUGAUGAACUCGGUUGUUUUUGGG